CCUCACGCUUAUCUCUUCCCCAUUCUUCCUCACUUCUCCUAAUCCACUUACAAUGGAGCUCUCUGCUGGCAUCCCCUCCACUUUGCGAUCCCCAUCCACAGCCAAAGCUCUCCGUUGGCCGCACCUCCCCUUCGUCAGCAACGCCGGCGGAGGCGCAGGCCCCUGCUCCGCCCCGCCUCUCCCCCUCGUCACCACCACCGGCGGACCCGCAGGCCCAGCUCUGCCCGCCCCUUCUUCUUAUCUGGUGCCGCCCGGGCCCUCCCUCCUCCUGGCCACGGCGGAGCGCUCGAGCCGGGCAUGCUCGCCGGCGAUGCCGGGGCCCUCCCUCCUCCUGGCCACGGCGGGGCGCUCGGGCCGGGCAUGCUCGCCGGCGACGUCGGGGCCCUCCCUCCUCCUGGCGACAGCGGGGCGGUCGAGCUGGGCAUGCUCGCCCGCGACGCCGGGGCCUUCCCUCGUGCUGAUGCACUCGCCGCCCAGGAACUUCCCUCACCCCCUCCCCGCUGCUAGAGACGCCAUGAAGGAGCAGGAGCAGUUGCUGCUCGCGACCUCCUUCUUGAUUAGGAUCACCAAGAUGACCUUGUGUGCUGUGUUGCCGCUCGGGACCCUCCCUAUGCUUCUCCUCGCUCGUCCGGGUCCAUCUUAGUCUCGCCGACCCCAUCGCCUGCUCGUCCCCGUCAAACUGUGCAUAUCUGUAUACUUUCAGCUUGUAUACUUUGACAUGUGCAUACUUUAUUCUUAAUUGUGCAGAAACUUCUUUUGUGAUGCAACUAAUGGGGAAAUACAAAAAAACACAUAAUGCCGAUUGCUUUGAGCCUUUGAGUUAGAAGGUAUACCCAUCUCUGAUAGGCUUCCCUGUAUGUGCCCCUUCCAUACCAGACGUUAGUUCUAAUUCUAUGUCCUUAGCUGCAUCCAUUUGUUCACUUGUUUCAUUGAAGGUUAAUUCCUGGAAGCAACAUUACAAAGAAUAAUGGGUAUGCAUGAUAUAAUAUACUUACAAUUAGACCUAUUUGGGACAUAGUUGGAAAAGAAAAGAUGCCUCUGUCACUUCGAAGUCUUCGGAAUCACUAGAAUGCGUGCUCUGCUUUUUCUCCACUUCUUUGUCGGCUGUUCCAUUUGAUUCUCUCAGCGUGUCCCCUAGAGUGUCUGCCCCUUAGGUGCCAAAUGUCUGUGCUAAUUCCUCAUCCAGAGCUGACUGCAUUUGUUCAAGGUUAAUUCCUGAGAGCAAGAUUACAAAGAAAAAUCAGUAUGCAGGGUUUAAUAUAAUUAGAAUUAGAACUAUUUGGGACAUAUAGUUGGAAAAGAAAAUAUGCCUCUGUCACCUCGGAAUCUGUGGACCGCGUGCUCUUCUUUUUCUCCACUUCAUCUUUGUCGGCUAUUCCAUUUAAUUCUGCAAGCUUGUCCCCUACAGUUUCUGCCCCUUCGGUGUCGGAUGUUUGUGCUAAUUCAUUGUCUUGAGCUGGCUGCAUUUCUUCACUUGUUUCCUUGACGGUUAAUCCCUGAGAGCAACAUUACAAGGAAUAAUCCAUAUGUAGUAUUAUAAUAUAAUGAAAAUUAGAACUAUUUGGGAUAGUUGAAAUAGAAGCAUGCCUUUGCCACUUCGCAAUCUGUGGCUGGUGUGCUCUUCUUUUUCUCUACUUCAUCGCCGUCGUCUAUUCCAUUUGAUUCUUCCUCGCUGCGUACCUGAAACACACAUAAUAUAAUAUUACCUGGUACUUAUUGGUUCUUCAUUGCUUAGUAACUAAAACACACGAUAAUAUAAUAUUCUCCAAUACUUAUAAAAGAGCAAAUAUUAUGAAGACGAAUAAAGAAUCGUAGGUAUGAUAUUAUUAUACUACAAAUUACAUAUUGUUUUGUCCCUCUUGCAUAAGAAUAAUAAUAAUGGCAUGUGAAAUUAAAAACCGCCUUUGUCAGCUUGGGGUUUGUAUGCUUGUGUUAGGGUAUCACCUCAUCAAUCUGCAUAUUUUCUGUAUCUUCCAUGAUGCCUUGUUCUUCUAUUGCCUUUGUUGACUUGGUGUUCAUAUCCUCAUCUUUGGUUAUCAUGCAUUCAAUCUGCAUAUUUUGUGUAUGCUCGUCCUUCGCUCCUUUGUUGAUGUUUUCCUAAAAAUCAAAGCAUAUAUUAUUAUCACGCGGUACACAUUCAGCCCUUAUGUUUUGUUAGCUUGAAAAUCGAUCUUAUAUGUUGGGAUGUAGGGAGUACAUCACAACUGUAUGCACGUAUUUGCUUAUGUUUACUUAACAUAGUGGUAUCAGGACAUCCUUUCCAACUAAAUUUCACUAUCUAUUUCUUUUUUUAAUUGUUCAGUCAACUUUUCGAGACUAACUUGCGUGACUAUUCUCUCUAGUAAUCAGGUGGAAAGGACGGCAGCAAUAUGCUUAUUUUGCUCGCGGGCUUGUCAUUGUCGCUUUAAUAUUCCCUCUCUAUUUUGUGCAUACCGCUCCCUUUCCAUCCAAUUCUUAAUCUCAUCAUGGCCUGAGUAGAUGAAGCAUAGAUCAUUAUAUAGCAAUAUAACUGGGCCAUGUAGGAUGAAGUUCAUGUUCAUUACCUUGUGAUACAGCCAGCUGUGUUUGUGCCCCACUGCUCUCGGCAGAGGCAAUUUUCUUCUGUUUAUAGGCCUCACGUCGUCUCUUAUUAAUCUCAUCCUUGUUUUGUGCAUACCGCUCUCUAUCCCCAUGCCUUUUUACUUCUUUAGGGUCUGCAAUCAAUGGCACAAUUCAGCAGUUGAGCUACAAAAACUGAAAUUGAGUGCUUGUGUAAUGCUCAUCACCCAAGGACUGGGUGUUGCUUAUAUCCUGGAACGGGGUGCGUCUCCCAUUGGGAUUGGUCGGGGCCAUACGAAGUCCUUCAACCCUGUGAAUGUCAAGAAUGUAUCACACAAUUGUAACGGAAGGAAUAGUAUUAGCACAACGCAGACAGAGUACAGUUUUAUGUUCAACUUCAUCCCACUGUUUACCAUCAAAGCUUUCUUAAUUAUGGUGCCUCUGCAACCAAUUGAAUUCAUUUUGCACUAUUCAUGUAGGUAUAUCUCAGGGUGACUUUAUUUGUGUUCAUAUGAAUUGGAACUGAGCAUUGAACGAUCCAUAUGCAGCUUCAUGAGGCAUUUAGGUGAAGUCAGUACAAUGCUCAUUUGCCAAGGACUCAUGGAACGAACGUCAGGUUUAGGUGAGGUUGACAAAUGAGCAUGCAUCUGCGGAGCAGAGGGGUCUUCUAGCCUAACAAAGUCUUGGUGGCAGCGGCGUGUAAAAGACUUACGGACUUCAGAUCAGAGAAGACCAUGCACCUGUGCCGGCGAAGAGCUCGUCGUCGCCGCCAUGGCAGGGCGCCUGGGCGGCUGCACCCGUGUUGGGGAAUAGCUCGCCGUCGUCGGGUGACUCGGCGAGCUCGUCGUCGCGGCCGUCGUCGGGUGCCUCGGCGGCUGCGCAGGGCAGCGAUGGCGCACGUAAGCUGGACGCCUGGAUUGAUUCCGUGGAUAUACUCCCGCUAAGUUAGCACAUUUGUUUCCGUAUAUGACUCUCCGUGUAAAUUGGACGUGGGAUGUUUCCUUUCUGCGGGCGUGGGAUGUUUCCUGGUGUGGGCGUUGCCAGAGUUUUCGUCCGCCCUGGAAAUCUGCUAAACGCACUUCAGUUGUGGGUUGGUGUAAUCGUGACGGCUAGAUCUAAUUAAGCGAUUUGAUCGUGAGGCUCCAAUUGAUCGGGAAUGUUAUGUGUAGAUUAGGCUGGGUGUGUUUAGCGUUGAAUAUGUUCUCUUGUUUAAUAGUAGUAGAGAUGAUCCACCUUUCCGCUGUUCCUAUGCAAUGCUCGGCAUCAAUGAUAAAUGACACAAGUUUUAUGUUGGUUUGGCUCAA